AGUGUCAACAAAGAUCCACGAUGAAACCAAAUCGAGUUCGAUCGAUACAUCCGAGCAAUGUUCGACUGUACCAGGCAAAAGGUCAGACUGGAUUGCGAUGGGAGUUCUCAAUCAUCGUCCAUCUCGAUACUUUGAUCACAGACGGUGACCGAUCAGCGAGAUUCCUGUUUGACGAAAUAUUUGGAAUCGACGUGUCUGGACUCAGUGGCGACGAUGAGGAAAGAAUUAGGAACUGCACGUGUGAUUGCGGCAUCUCUAAUCAGGAAGAUCGUAUUGUGGGUGGCAGGCCUACCGGACCAAACAAAUAUCCGUGGGUGGGACGUAUUGUCUACGAUGGGCUAUUCCAUUGCGGGGCAAGCCUUCUAACGAACGACUACCUUCUCACUGCCGCCCAUUGCGUCCGCAACCUGCAAAAAUCGAAGAUCCGGAUUGUACUAGGUGACUACGACCAGUACGUGACAACUGAUGGAGUUGCGGUGAUGCGAGCAGUCAGUGCCAUUAUUCGCCACAGAAACUUUGACACGAAUUCCUACAACCACGACGUAGCGCUGCUCAAGUUGCGUCGUCCUGUAAAAUUCACAAAGACUGUACGUCCAAUAUGCCUGCCUAAUCUGGGUUCGGACCCCGCUGGAAAGCUGGGAACGGUAGUGGGAUGGGGCAGAACAACGGAGGGCGGGAUGCUGCCAGGCCAAGCGAACGAAGUCCAGGUUCCAAUACUGAGCCUCACUCAGUGUCGGCAGAUGAAAUACAGGGCCACAAGAAUCACUAGCAAUAUGAUCUGCGCCGGACGCGGGUCGCAGGAUUCUUGCCAAGGAGACAGCGGAGGUCCCCUCUUGGUGCCCAAUGGCGACAAGUACGAGAUAGUCGGAAUUGUUUCCUGGGGCGUGGGAUGCGGCCGGCCGGGUUACCCCGGCGUUUACACGAGGGUGGCGCGAUAUCUGAACUGGAUUCAAACCAAUAUGAAGGGCACGUGCAUCUGUGCGAAGACGCUUAGAAUGAGUAACAUGCUGAAAUUAUAUUACUUGGCUGUAGCGACGGUGGUGUUAUUGGGCCAUGUUCAUCAAACGCAAGGAAAGCAGGUAACGGUCAACCGGGGCAAAAACUUCUUCGGAUUCUUCGGUAACAAGCCACCAGAGUCCGAGGCUGCUCCGGAAAAAUGCCACUGCAGUUGCGGUCUGCGAAACGAGGCGAGUCGCAUCGUGGGAGGCCAGACGACGAAAAAUAACGAGUUUCCAUGGAUCGCCAGACUUUCGUAUCUUAGCAAAUUCUACUGCGGAGGCACCCUUGUCAACGAUCGCUACGUGCUGACGGCUGCCCACUGCGUCAAAGGUUUCAUUUUCAGAUUCAUGUGGUUUAUGAUCAAAGUAACUUUCGGGGAGCACGACAGAUGCGACGAAGGGAACAAGCCGGAGACGAAGUUUGUAAUCAGAGCUCUAUCCGGCGAAUUUAGUUUCCUGAAUUUCGACAACGACGUUGCCUUACUACGUCUCAACGAAAGAGUACCGUUCUCGAAUACUGUACGACCAAUUUGUAUGCCCACUGUCAAAGACAACCAGUACGUGGGCACGAAGGCGAUUGCAGCUGGAUGGGGAACCCUGCAAGAAGAUGGAAAGCCGUCGUGCUUACUACAGGAAGUUGAAGUUCCAGUGAUGAGUUUGGCGGACUGUCGCAACAUGAGCUACAAUCCUCGGAUGAUAUCCGACAACAUGCUUUGCGCCGGUUACCGCGAAGGCCUGAAGGACUCCUGCCAGGGAGACAGCGGCGGUCCGUUGGUGGCUGAACGGAAGGACAAGAAAUACGAGCUGAUCGGCAUCGUCUCCUGGGGGAAUGGGUGCGCGCGUCCGGGUUAUCCCGGCGUUUAUACCCGUGUCACGCGUUAUCUAGACUGGAUACUUGAAAAGGCAAAAGACGGUUGCUUUUGCGAAGACUGAGAACCGCGUGACGUCACAACCGUGUGCCAACAAUUUUUUCAUUAGUGGUUUGUCAUUCGUAUCGAUCACGGACAGCCGAAUUUUUUAGUUUCGUCCCAAAACGCUUAUUCCUAUAUUCUAGUAAUUUUUUGUACACAUAUUUUUCAAUAAUUUUAGUUUCUUUUUUUUUAUAAUCAUCUAAUACAUACCGUUGGAGUACGGACGGUGUCUAUAAGGAUUUGUAUAUAUAUCAUAUACGUCCACUAAUUUCGCGGCUAUAUAAACUUAUUUAGCGACUAUGUUUAUAGGAUAUGCUAUAUUUUUCAAUUUAUGUACGUAUAUUUGGUUUUAUUCAAAUUCAAUCGAUUAGUCGGUAUACCGCGCAGAAUAUUUUUUAAUAAACUUCCAGACCAUAAUUUA